ACACGCCAUUCAAUUGCUGCCUGGCCCUGCGCUGGACGGAAUCGGGAGGGAGCUACGGGUCGAUCUUCGUACGCAGGGAGAGAACGACAUCAAUCUGAGAGAUAAGCGACUGCAUCUGCACUGCGUAAAGAUACAAAAAAAAAAAAAAAAGAACGAAGAAGAAGAAGAAGAAAAAAGUUGCGCCGCAUCGCGCCGACAUGGGGAUCCGAAAAAAGGCGAACAAGAACCCGCCGGUGCUGAGCCAUGAGUUUGUCAUCCAGAACCAUGCAGACAUUGUUUCCUGUGUUGCUAUGGUGUUCCUGCUCGGGCUGAUGUUCGAGGUUACCUCAAAGUUUGCAGUGCUAUUCAUAACAGUGCAGUACAAUGUCACCAUAUCAACAAAUGAAGGCCCUGAGGAGACGGCCAUGAACCUCUUCCACCACGGCAUCAAGGACUUGGCCACUAUCUUUUUCUACAUGCUGGUGGCCAUCAUCAUGCAUGCCAUCAUCCAGGAGUACGUGCUGGAUAAAAUCAACAGGAAGAAGCACUUCUCCAAAACCAAGCACAGCAAGUUCAAUGAGUCGGGCCAGCUCAGCGCCUUCUUCUUCUUCUCCUUCGGCUGGGGCGCGAGCAUCCUGCUCUCUGAAAAUUUCCUAUCCAAUCCAGUCUCCCUGUGGGAGGAAUAUCCCCAUACACUAAUGCCAUUCCAGAUGAAAUUCUACUUCAUUUGUCAGCUGGGCUACUGGUUACAUGCUCUCCCAGAACUGUACUUCCAGAAGACAAAGAAGGAGGAUAUUCCACGCCAACUCGUGUACAUCUUUCUGUACCUGGUCCACAUCGCAGGCGCCUACAUUCUGAAUCUGAACCGCCUGUGUCUGGUCCUGCUCGUGUUGCACUACUUUGUGGAGCUUCUCUUCCACAUUUCCCGCCUGGUCUACUUCAGCAACGAGCACAGACAAAUGGGUUUCACCAUAUGGGCUGUGUUGUUUGUCCUCGGACGGCUGCUCACCCUGUCCUUGUCUGUCCUCACCGUGGGCUUUGGCCUCGCCACAGCUGAGAAUCAAGGCUUCGACUUGGCUGCGGGAAACUUUAACAUUCUUUUUGUGCGGAUAACUGUCCUGGCUGCCAUCUGCCUCACUCAGGCCUUCAUGAUGUGGAAAUUUAUCAACUUUCAGCUGCGCCGGUGGAGAGAGCACGCCCAGGCUCAGACCUUGAAAAAGAAACAAGUCCCCUCCAAGAGCAAAUCAAAGAAAGACAAAGCCAAUGGCGUCAAUGGAGUGAACUCCCAUGGAGCUGAUUCACCAAGAGCAAGAAAGGAGAAGUCCUCGUAAACACAUUCCCCUCAGCCCAUCUCCCCCCCACGAAAGAACCGCCUCUCCUCUGUGCCUCCGUCUCUGUUGCCAACCAGCAGAUCCUCCACUUGUGUGUUUUCAGCUCCCACACAGGACUGCCCCCUCCCAAGGGCCCGAAAGCAUUUAAGCUCUGCUCGUCGCCAGUCGUCCAGCACACCUUGAUAUCGAGAAUCAUUGCUCCGCUGUGCCAUUUCCAAUGCAAAGAAAACCAUUUCCAAAAAUAAACUAUGAAGAAAAAGAAAAAAAGGACCAUUAUUUAAGAAGUGCCUAUUGAUACAGAUAGUUUUGUACAGGGUGUGUAAUUUAAAAAAAAUAAUUCAGGAAUGAUGACUUCAGUGUUUCAUGUCCCCCCCCCCCCCCCCCCCCCCCCCCCCCAAGUCGGGCCAUGCUUUCCCUAAAUACUGUGUAUUCCAGCUUGUGUUUUAUUUCUAUAUUUUUGUCUUGCAACUUCUAGCUCAGCUCCUCUUCUUCUUUUCCACUGACUCCUGUACCUCACUUUGCCGUUUCUUGCAUUUGCUUGUAAGGUCGUUUUUUUAAAUAUGACUAGAGGUUGUACACAGCCUUGUUAUAAUCUCCAUCUUCAGAAUAUGAAUGUGUUCACCCCGCAGACUGUUCGAAACCCACAAGGCAACACGUCGUUGGUGUUUUCACCACGUCAAUCACCAACACCUUAGAUGGCAACCGGGGUAGAAUAUAAGUGGUAUUCGAUGUACAUUCGUGAAUAGGAGAAGGGAGAGUGUAUCAAAGCUAGAGGAGACAUCGCCCUGUAUUACUCAGAGUAGAUUGACAUUUCACUUCAAACUUGAGAUGUAAUAUUUAAUAAGCAGGGUUAGGAACAUUUUGUAAUCACAUUUACCAUGAAAUGAUACUGAAACUAUUGCAGUUCUCCCGAUGCUGUUCAUGAAUAAACACACCUCCUGUUUUGACGUAAGAUCAUUUUUUACUAAGGAUUGAACAGACAAAAUCAGGCAGAACAUCCCUUUAGUGAGUUUGAUUGAUCCUCGAAUGCUCUUCUUCAUUUGUCGUUGAAGUCAAAUGGGUUUUAUUGCGUUUGUUUGACCGUGCACACCGAAAUGAUUUGUUGUUUAAAGCAUGGACUGGGAAAGUUUGGUUCCAACCCCAACACCCUCUAUGGACUGUGACAAACGAGCCUGAUUGACUGUUGAUGAAUGCCUUUUUACUCUACAAAUGCCAUAAAAUGAAUUUACAAAGUUGUGGAGUGCAGCUGUAUUGUAAGAAUCAAUCACCAAGGUAACACUGGCUUUUUUUUUUUUUUUCAAAAGAAUAAACCCAUUUACUAAUCUUA